CACACAUUACCUUCUCUGCUCCACCAUUCAUUUAGAAUAGCUACUUGUCUCCCAUUUUCUCCACCAUGUGGUUUGGGACUUCUUCCUUUAUUCUUGCCUUUUGGUUUUGGGCUUUAGCUCACUGUGGCUCCCAGACAAGGCCUCGUUCCAACAUGACUGACCAGGAGCUCUUCUGGGGAGCUGACCAGUAUGAUUUCUCAGUGGUGCUUCCAGCAGCUGCCACAGAAUGCUUCUGGCACUUUGCUCACCACAAAGAAAGGUUUUACCUGAACUUCAUGGUCCAGUGGGUGACGGGAAUCGGUCUUGACAAGCAUUUAUCAGUCACUGUCAAUGCUCCCAGCAGUCUGUUGAUAUCUACUGUUGAUGAUGCAAAGGGUCAGAUCAACUUUGAGGUCGAAGAAACAGGUUUCUAUCAGAUGUGUUUGAGCAACUUCCACAACCGCUUCAACUCGAUGCAGGUCUUCCUCAGCUUCGGUGUUUACUAUGACAACAUCCAGGACCCUUCUAAAGGCAAGGCGGAGGAAACAAAGGAGGAGGAGGAGAAACUGAACAACACAUUCAGCAUUAUUCAGCGGGCAACCAACAAAGUGGAGCGUCACGUCUUCCACAUAUUUCGCUACUACAGCUUUGGCCGCAUAUCAAAGAGUGCAGACUACUUCCUGCUGCAGUCCAACUCCAGGUACAUCACAUGGUGGUCAAUGGCCCUCAGCUUGCUCAUCAUCACCUCUGGGUACCUGCAGCUCCUCUUCCUCAAAAGCCUCUUUGUAAGCAAAGCUGAGAACGAGAAGCCACGGUGCUGACAGAAGGUGUAAGAACAGAAAACAGGUUAUAGUCUAAACCAUGAACAAUCCUUGCCUAACUAACUUCUCUGUGUUCUGGAUCUGUGUGAAACCUGAAAUAAAGGCUCUGAAAACAUCUGA